UGGUAGAUCUCGCAUAAAAUGAAUUCAGCAGGAAAAGACAUUCAACAGAUUGAAAAUUUUCAGAAGAGCUUGGAUGAAUAUGUGGAAGAGAAGGAGAAGUUAAAGAAUCAAUUAUCUUCAGCAAAAGCGGAAAAGAGCCAGUUGAUAGAUAAAAUAAAGUCAGCGAAAGAAGAACUGAAAAAGAUUAUUGAAGAAAAUGAAAAAAUACGAAUUAAAAAAAGAGUUCUAAUUAGAAUGUUGAGGAUCAUGAGAGAAAGACAAAACAAAUCCCAAGAAGAACUGAAUUCAUUGAAAACAAACAUGGAAAAGACCAAAACUGCUACAAUAACAAAACUUGAAAGUUCUUUGGAUGAAAGAAUAGGUCAUCUGCUAGAAUGUAUAAAGAACUCAGCAAAUCACUGGCUUUUUCGAAAUCUACCUGAUACAGAUUGUUCAAAUGAUUUAGAAGAAUAGAAAAAUGAAGGAGGGGAAAUAUCCCUGCAAGAGGAUAAUUAAAACUCCAGGUUUCCAUGUUAAUUUGUUUUCUGAAACUUGUCAACUGACACUUGUUACAAGUGAAAAGAAAACAAGUUUCAAAUUACUGUUACUGUC